AUAAGUACAAAUUAAUGGAAUAAUUAUAGAAUAUUAAGCAUUAGCUCACUAAUUACUUGAUGCAAUGAGGUAUGCAUAUUUCUUGUAUAAAUAUGAAAUUUCCUACUUUUUGAUAUCACAUAUUCGAAAAUGUCCAAAGUCGUUGUUUUGUUCAUUUUGGCGUUUGCCACAACAGCGAUUUUUUGCGCUGAGAAAAAUAUACCGGCCGCCUACAAAGUUAUAGGCAAAUCCAUAAGGGCGUCAUGUCUUGCUGAAACUGGAGCUAACGAGGAUGUUGUGAACGCUGCGAAUGACGGAGUAUUUCCGAAUGACAAACCGUUGUGGUGUUAUUUAAAAUGUCUUUUUCAGAGGAUGGGAACGGUGAAAGGUGAAAACAUUGAUUUCAAGAAACUUAUGACCGUUUUUCCAGGGAAGAUUAGUGAUACUUAUGUGCCCGGCUUCAAAUAUUGCAAAGAUAAUGCCCCAGUUGGUGCUGAUGGUUGCGAGACACUUUUCCUGUUCAACAAAUGUUUGUUUGAGCAUAAUCCAGAGUGCGCAGACACAAAUGUACCAGCCGUCUUCAAAGAUAUAGCUAAAUCAUUAAGGGCGACAUGUCUUGCUGAAACUGGAGCUAAUGAAGAUGUUGUGAACGCUGUGUUUAAGGGUGAAUUUGGGAAUGAUAAACAGGUGUGGUGUUAUUUCAAAUGCAUUUUAGAGAAAAUGGGAAAGCUGAAAGGUGAUAACGUUGAUUUUAAGGAAUUUAUCGAUGGUUUUCCAGAUGAUCUCAGAGGUUCUUAUGCGCCCAGCGUCAAACAUUGCGAAGAUGGCCCAGUUGGAGCUGAUAUCUGUGAGACAGUUUUCCUGUUUAAUAAAUGCAUGUACGAGCAUAAUCCAGAGAUAUUUUUCGUCUUUUAAAAGCCCAUUUCUGUACACGUCUUAGAUAUUUUUGAUAUGGAUAUGAUUUGGAUAAUUCACAAUAAC